AACAAAUGUCAAAAUCUGAAAAUCAAAACUAAAAAUUAAAAUGAUAAAGUAUAUUUAAUCUUCUGUGUAUGUGAAUAAAGAACAAUGAAUAAAUUAGUUACUUUAAUUAAUAUCCGAAAGAUAUUUGAAUGUCGGGCAUUAACAACAAAGAUAACUGCAGAAGGAAAAGAUGUGCCCAAGAAGAAAACUUACGAGAAUAGAAUCACUUUGAUUGGUCCUGAUGAUUCUGUUUGUAUCACCGACCUUAAAGAUGCCCAAAACUUAUCAUCUAGGCGUGAAUUAAAGCUAGUCAAAAUUCAAGAUGUUGACUCGAAAACUAGACGGCCAGUUUAUAAAUUAAUGACAAAUGCUGAAUAUCACGAAGAGGAAAUUGCAAGAAGAAAAGAAAAACAGAUUGCUCGUGAUGGUAACCACUUAAAGGGCCAGAAGCUGAUCACCCUGUCUUCUAGAAUUGCAGAGCAUGAUCUGUUGACGGGUGUCAAAAAAAUGGCCAAGCUUUUAGAGAAACAGUAUGAAGUUAAAGUAGUUAUAUCCGGAAAUGAAAAUGAAGAGACAAAAGCAGAAAAGAUAUACUCAAUUAUAGAAAAAAACUUAAAAUCAGUUGGACUAUUGGUACAGAAGAGAAGCAAAGGUAAUAACUUAAGAUUUCAGUUGCUGCCAUUGAAAGAUAGUCCAAACCAAAGUAAUAGUGACAAUUCCAAUUCUGAUAAAAAUAAUGAAAAAGGACCACUAUGACUAGGUGUGUUCUUAGGGGCUAUAAUCACAGCAAAAUAUCUACUUUUAAGAAAAUAUUAUUUUUCUAAGGACAACUCUAGUGAUAAACCUGACGGCAAGAAAGUAGAUGAAAGAGAUAGUGAAUUACUCAGUGAAAAUUAACAGACUAUGUAGUGUAUUUAAUUUAUUAUUGUAGAUAAAAUAAAUUAAUUGUUUAUUACUUUA